UAUUCUUUUUUCAGUCACUGCAGUUCAGUCAAGAGGAAAUGGAUCGUCCAACAUCCCCGGACAAAAUUCACUCUCUUGAAAGUUCAUCAGAAGGCCUGACAACUAGUAGUAGUGACAUUCCAAUGACUGUCUCGUUGGAUCCCUCCAGUGAUCAGGAUAAAUUCAAGAACAUUGAAAAUAUAAGAAGUACCUCAACCGGUUCAAGAUUUAUAUCAGACUUUGAUGUUACUGGAAAGCUCGGCAAAGGAGGCUUUGGUCGUGUUUUCACUGCAAGAAAAAAGCUCUUGGACAAGCAAUAUGCCGUUAAGAUUGUCCGUGCAACAGAAAAGGCUCAGCGAGAGGCAAAGGCCUUAUCAGACCUCCAACACCCGAACGUUGUCAGAUACUAUGACUGCUGGAUGGAGGAUUCAAAAUAUCGAAGCAACUUUGGCUCCGGCUCCAGCUCCGGCUCCGGCUCCAGCUCCUCUAAUUCUAACAGUAACUCGCGUCCACAGUACCUCUAUAUAAUGAUGGAAUUAUGUUGCUCUGAAACACUUAAACACUGGAUAAACAAGAGGAAUGAGACUCCUCUGCAAGACUCACAGAGAAGAGCACAAAGUCUUUCCAUUCUCCAACAAAUUGUCAGUGGAGUUGAGUACAUUCACUCUAAGAACUGCAUUCACAGGGACCUAAAGCCCGCCAAUAUCAUGUUUGGAAAGGAUGACGUGGUGAAGAUUGGGGACUUUGGUUUGGUGGCUACAGAAAUUGAGGAUGAUGACGGCAACCUGAUGAAGAGGACAAAAGAACAAGGAACCAGAUCUUAUAUGGCUCCUGAACAAAUGACUGAUACAUACGGCCAUAAAGUGGACAUGUUUGCUUUGGGGCUGAUCUUCUUUGAACUUCUUUGGAAAAUUUCAUCUAGCCAUGAAAGAGCAGAUUUAUUUGCUGAUGCAAGAAGCCAGAGGUUUCCUGAAGAGUUUUCACAAACUUUCCCCCAAGAGUGUCGAAUAAUUAAGUUGCUGCUGUGUGAGCAGCCAGAAGACCGACCUUCAGCAGGUGCAUUGAAGUUGGAGUUGGAAAAUUAUGCUGCCUGAAAAAGGGACAAUCUCCUGGUAGCUUUUGAAAAGCUAAAUGAGCACAUGGAGACCGCCUGUAAUUUGCAAACAAAUUUUGAUGGAUGUUCUAAUUUCUUUGAAAAUGUUUUAACAAAUUGCACUUUUAUGUGCAGGAGAUUAAAUCAUGAAAAAUUAGCUUGUGCAUGCAAUCAGGAAAUAUGAAUUUCAAAUUAUAACUGUAUUUUUAGGCCAACACUGCACAAAUAUUUUUUAGCAAAACCGUGUUUGAGUAUGAAAGGCCUCCUCUACAGUACAGUAGUCUUGGUCAGUUCUGUAGGCUUUUUCUAUGCCGGUUCUACUCAUGUACUGUAAAAACAAUGGAUGCAGCGUCAGUUAUGUGAUUCUUACAUGUUCUACUUAACGUGCCUUUGGUGUUAUUUGUUAGAGGUCAUAUUUUAUUGUACUGUUGAUAUCCAUUAUUGUGUUUUUUUGUUAUAUGUUAAUUGAAACUGUAUAUUGUAAUUUGAAAUGUCUUUGCAGUUGUUAAGGGAAAAAUGUUUAGACAUGCUAAGUGGUUUUGAACAUAAAAAUUGUAUUUACAAUUGUAUUGUAUUCGAUUUUAAUGUUCCUUUACUAGUUUUUACUAGUGCCUUAAUGGUCUUGGGCCUUCUUAUUUGUCUGCACUACUUUUACCCUAUCAACCCUCGCGGACCCUGAGGUCCUCCGGUGCCUUUUAACGAUACCAAGAGUCAGAACCAGGACACACGGGGAGGCGGCAUUCAGUUUUUAUGGUCCCCGAUUGUGGAACAGCCUCCCGGAGAACCUCAGGGCCGCAGAGACUGUUGAUGUUUUUAAAAAGAGGCUCAAGACCCAUCUCUUUAAUCAGGCUUUUAACUGACUCAUUUAACUCUUUUACAUUUUUUAUGCUCACCCCUAUUUUUAUUGGAUCUUACUACUCUGUUUUUUAUUAAUCUUUAGUUUAUCCUGUUUUUAUCAUAUUUUAUUUUCAUUGUUUUAUCUCAAUGUUAUAUCUAAAUGUUUUAGUCGUUAUUUA